ACGUGCAGCUUCUAUUUUUCUUACUUCUACAUUGCGAUGUUGAUAGCGUCGGCUGCUUCUCUCGUCUCUCUCCAUUUUCUUUUCUGCGUUGCAGUGAAUUGAAUUGCUUCGCUUCGUACUCAAAAAUGUCUGGGAGGAAGAGAAGAAAGUUGAAUUCGUUGGCUGUGGCAGCCAUGGAUAGUAAAAGGGUGACAACCAAGAAUAUGAAAGAGAAAAUGGAAUCACAAACUUGGUCUGACCUCCCUACAGAACUUCUGGAACUGAUCUUUUGCCAUGUAACUCUAGAAGAUAACAUUUGUGCCUCUGUUGUUUGCAAGAGCUGGCAUGCAGCUGCCAUUUCUGUCAGAGUGGUAAACCAAUCACCCUGGCUUAUGUAUUUUCCUAAAAAUGGGAAUUUGUAUGAGUUCUAUGACCCAGCACAACGCAAGACCCAUUCCCUUGAGUUACCAGAAUUGCAUGGGUCAAGAGUUUGUUACACUAAAGAUGGUUGGUUGUUGUUAUACAGACCCAGAACCCAUGAUGUUUUCUUCUUUAAUCCCUUUACUAAGGAAGUGAUUGAACUGCCAAGUUUUGAAUUGACUUAUCAGGUAGUUGCUUUCUCUUCUCCUCCAACAUCUACCAGCUGCAGUGUUUUAACAGUUAAGCACAUCAGUCCCACAGUUGUUGCUAUCAGCACUUGCCAUCCAGGGGCGACCGAAUGGGUUACUGCUAAUUACCAAAAUCGCUUGCCUUUUGUUAGUAGUAUUUGGAACAAGGUUGUUUUCUGCAGUGGACUUUUUUACUGUCUAAGUCUCACAGGCUGGCUAGGUGUUUUCAACCCAGUGGAACUUACUUGGAAUGUUCUUAUCGUGCCUCCACCUAGGUGCCCUGACAAUUUUUUUGCUAAAAAUUGGUGGAAAGGAAAAUUUAUGUCUGAGCAUAAUGGAGACAUUUUAGUUAUUUAUACAUGUUUUAGUGAAAACCCAAUUAUAUUUAAGUUGAAUCAGUCGAAUAUGAUGUGGGAAGAGAUGAAGACCCUUGAUGGUGUGACAUUGUUUGCCAGUUUCUUAUCAUCUCAUUCAGGAACUAACCUCCCUGGAUUAAUGAGAAACAGUAUCUAUUUUUCUAAAGUCCGUUUGUUUGGAAAACGUUGCAUAUCAUACUCUCUUGAUGACUCUAGAUACUAUCCUGGCAAGCAGUGUCAUGACUGGGGAGAGCAAGCUCCUUUCGAGAGCAUCUGGAUUGAACCACCUCAAGGCCUCACAACCUUUAUCUGACAAACACCAGAGUAUUGAGCACCCAAUGGUUGCCUCUAACUGGAGCAAGUCAUUAGUCAGGAGUAUUUAAAGAAGCAUUUGUGAUGCAGCAUGCGUACCUCAAGCCUUUAGAAAGAUGAUGAAAUGUUCAGGGAUGAAAUUUAUACCUUGAAGAUAACAGUAAUGCUGCUUAGACAAGGAGGAUUUGAAAUAUAACAUUCUUCUUGUAUGAUUUUUGCUAUGCAUUUAUUUGCUCCAAAUGCGUUUCAGAUAUAGACAUAGAUAUAUUGUCCACCGUAGAUUCUCUUCCACUGUGUCUUCUGUGCUUCAGGGCAAGCGAUAUUAGCUUUUUAAACAUUUCCAUUACGUAGAAGACUGAAGAUGUUUUUGCUUUUUGGUAAAUUAUAUUAUAUUCUUUGAAUUUUAGCA